CUGCUGCCGCCCUCCCGCCCGCGUCCCCGCUCUCACGGCUCCGGAUGCGCCGCAGCCCCCCCGGGAGCCCACGCGUGAUCGGGGGCUGGGUGGGAGCAUCGCCCCGCGGCCGGAGGGAUGCGGUGAGCCCGGCCUUAGAGGGAACAGCCGAGCCCCAGCGCCCAGGGGGAUGUGGAGCCACAGAGGCAGCGGACCCUGUGACUGACACAGCCCCAGCCCGCGGCUGAAUGGAAAGACUGCAGAAGCAGCCUCUGACCUCCCCUGGGAGCGUCUGCUCUUCCCGCGGAUCCAGCGUUCCCGGCUCUCCCUCCAGCAUCGUGGCCAAAAUGGACAACGAGGUCCUGGGCUACAAGGACCUGGCUGCCAUCCCCAAGGACAAAGCCAUCCUGGACAUCGAGCGCCCCGACCUGAUGAUCUACGAGCCCCACUUCACCUACUCGCUGAUGGAGCACGUGGAGCUGCCCCGGAGCCGCGAGCGCUCCCUGUCUCCCAAAUCCAUGUCUCCUCCUCCGUCUCCAGAGGUGAUCCGGGAGUGGCUGGAGAGCCGCCCCCCCAGCAGCGCCGCGCUGCCCCCCUCGCGCCAGGGCCCUGCUCCCACGCGCAGCAGCGUCCAGCACUUCCACCGCCCCGAGACCGACACCACAGAGCUCAACAUUUACAAGAAGCCCCCGAUCUACCGGCAGAAAGACCACCAUUCCAGUGCCCACCACGGGAAGCAUCUCAUCGAGGACCUGAUCAUCGAAUCCUCCAAAUUCCCGGCGGCGCAGCCCCCAGAUCCCAACCAGCCCGCCAAGAUCGAGACCGACUACUGGCCCUGCCCGCCCUCGCUGGCCGUCGUGGAGACGGAGUGGAGGAGGAGGAUGGCGUCCAAGAGAGGGGAGGAGGAGGAUGAGGAUCUGACAGAGGAGAUGAAGAACCUGCGGGAGCUCCAGAGGCAGGAGCUGAGCAAGGUCACCUCCAACCUCGGGAAGCUGAUCCUGAAGGAGGAGAUGGAGAAGUCGCUCCCGAUCCGGAGGAAAACUCGCUCACUGCCGGACCGGACGCCUUUCCACACCUCCCUCCACACGAGCUCCAAGAGCUCCUCCCUCCCCGCCUCGGGCCGGAGCACCCUCACCCGGCUGCAGUCAGCAGAGUUCGGCUCGGCCGGGAGCGAGAAGGGGAGCCCUGAACGGCCAGCGCGGGCGGAUGGACAGAGGGAACUCCCUGCCCAGCAUGCUGGAGCAGAAGAUCUACCCCUACGAGAUGCUGAUGGUGACGAACCGAGGCCGAGUGAAGCUCCCGCCCGGCGUGGACAGGACCAGGCUGGAGCGCCACCUGUCCCCCGAGGAUUUCCUGAAGGUGUUCGAGAUGUCGCCGGAGGAGUUCGGCAAGCUGGCGCUGUGGAAGCGCAACGAGCUGAAGAAGAAAGCCUUCCUCUUCUGAGUCCUCCUCCUCCUCCUCCUCCUCCUGCUCCUCCUCCUCCUCGGGCCAGCUCCGUCCGUGUCGCGCCGUGGAACCGCUUCAGGGCUCCCCGCCGGUUUUUAUUGGGGUCCCCCCGCCCCAGCUCCUCCAGCCCCCCCAAAUCUGCGCCCCCCGCUUCAAUCCUGGUGGGCACGGUUGGGCCACGGGGCUCUCUGGGCUUUGUGCCCACCCUGGGAAUGUGCCUGGCUCUGCUUUCAGCCCCCUGGCGGCACUGAGGGGGUGAUGGGGGGGUCCCCUCCUCCCUGAGGGUCUGCAGCCCCCAUCUGCCACCCCGAGGUGCCCCCCGAGGUGCCCCCGUGCCCCACCCCGAGGCUUGGGAAGAGCCCACACUGCCAGACCGACCUUCUCCCAGCAAAGCCGGGCCCAAAUCCCAGCUUAACCCCCCCGGCUCUGUCCCCCCCGGUCCCUCCUGUGCCAGGAGCUGCAGGGGGCACCCCAAGGACACUGCCAGCCCUGAGGGGCAGGGGGAGCACCCUGGGGGCGGCAGGGUUGGGAUGGGGGGUCCCUGGAGCAUCUCCAGCUAUGGAUGGGGGGGGAUGCAGGGGGUGAUGAUUUGGGGGGCACUGGGGUGAUGAUUUGGGGGGCACUGUGGUGAUGAUUUGGGGGGCACUGUGGUGAUGAUUUGGGGGGCACAGGAGCGAUGAUUUCGGGAGCACAGGAGGGCACUGAGGUGAUGAUUUGGAGGGCACUGAGGUGAUGAUUUGGAAGGCACUGGGACAAUGAUUUGGAGGGCACUGGGACAAUGAUUUGGAGGGCACUGGGACAAUGAUUUGGAGGGCACUGGGACAAUGAUGUGGAGGGCACUGGGGCGAUGAUCCGGAGGGCACAGGAGGGCGCUGGAGCGAUGAUUUGAGCACUCAGCCGGCACGGAUGGAUUGGAGCAGGGCACGGCUCGAUGGGCGCUCACCGAGGCUGGCCGCCGUCCCUGUCCCCUCCCGGACAGGGCUCGGCACCGGGCAGCACCUUCCCUUCCCCGCCUCCCCUCUCCAGGCACACGUUUUGGGCAGGACCCCUCUCUCCCUGCACCCCCCGACCCCUCCACGCUCCCCGGUUUUUUGUUUCCAGCCACUUUCCAGCCGCUAGACCUUGUUGGGAUGUAAAGAAUGUAAUUUAUCGGGAAUUCACUGGCCCAUACUUGCCUUUCACUGCUACAAACGACAUAUCUAUAAAUAUAUAUAUAAAUAUGGGUUGUUUUCGGACUGGACUACAGUGAUUCACUUUCUCUGUUUUUGUUAGAGUUUAUUUUAUUUGCUGGUGUCAGAGAAUCCGCGUGAGAGUGAUUUUUUGCUUACAAUUAAAGGUGAAAUGGCUUUAUCCA